UGCUGCGGUGAGUCAGGGCCCAGCCAGCUCCGGUCAUUUGUGCGUGGUGGCCGCGCCCUCGGAGAAGUUUUGCGGGCGAGCUGGAGAGGCCGUCUGGGGAGGAGAGGGCGGCGCCCACGCAUUUGCGUCUGACUGGCUCUUGAGCAAUGCGCCGGGGAGAAGCCCGGGGCCACAAAACUGCCUCCUUCCCGGGCCGGCGGGCCAGAGGAGAGGCGCGGGUCGGGCCGGGAGCAUGGGGCGCACCCUGCUGCUGCCGCUGUGCCUUCUGAUCUGCACCCCAGCCUAUUGGGCUCUGCUCUGCUUCCAGUGUAAGAGUAGCGGGCCCUGCCAGGUGGAGGAGUGUGCACCAGGCCAGGACCUCUGCAGGAUCACGGUCAUGCAUGUGUGGGAAGAUGAGCUGGAGGUGGUGGAGAGAGGCUGUGCUCACGCGGAGAAGACCAACAGGACGAUGAGCUAUCGGGUGGGACCGCAGAUCAUCAGCCUGACAGAGACUGUGUGCGGGUCCAACAUGUGCAACCGGCCCAGACCUGGCCGCGCGCGCACCUUCGCCAUGGGCCGGUACCUUGAAUGUAUUUCCUGCACAUCAUCGGACUUGAGCUGCGAGAGGGGCCGGGAGCAGAGCCUGCAGUGUCGCCACCCCAGAGAGCAGUGCCUCGAGGUGGUCACCCACAGCAGCCUGGAAGAGAACGAGAUGGAGGAGCACCACACCCGAGGCUGCGGCUUCCUCCCGGGUUGCCCAGGCCCCACCGGCUUCCACAGCAACCACAGCUUCCACUACCUGCGGUGCUGUAACAGCACCAAAUGCAACAGUGGUCCAGUCAUAGAGCUCCAACACCUGCCACCGAAUGGUGUCCAGUGUUACAGCUGUGAGGGGAACGGUACCCAUGGGUGCUCCUCCAGUGAGAGCUCCCUGGUCAGCUGCCGAGGCCCCAUGGACCGCUGUCUCCAAGCCACAGGCGUUAAAGGGCCGGGGAAUAUGAAUUUCACAGUGAGGGGCUGUGCAACUGCCUCCUGGUGCCAAGACUCCCACAUGGCCGACACCUUCAGCCUGACCCAUCUCAGUGUCUCGUGCUGUAAGGGCACUGGCUGUAACAACCCAGCCAGCAACGUCCAGUACCGCAGUGGGGGCACCUCCCAGUCUGGCCCUGAUGCCCUCAGCCUUGUCAGCACUCUGCUUGUGAUCAUAAGGCUGUGGGGAGGCGUUCUCCUCUGGAUUUGAACCCCAAUCCCUCCACCCUGGCUGGACUCAGGGGACCCCUUUUUUCCUGUCCUCAACUCCUGUUCCUGCAGACUUGUGCCAGUGUGCUGUCCUCUCUGAGUCACAGUUUCCCCAAUUGUGAGACUUUGUUUCACCAAGUGAUCCUGAAGGCUGGAGAAGAAAAGCUGGAGAAAAGCUGUGGGUCAGCAAGAAAGCUCUUGGUUUUAUUAAUAUUGUUGCCACUCUUGUUAUUGUUAUUAUUAAUAU